AUGCGACCUCCCAUGUGUCUUCAGUAUUCCAUCUGGACUAUGGCAGCGGAUGGCCAUCCCAAGUAUGGGUGUUAUCACGAGGCUUUGUACCGUCGAGCUCGGCAGUACUUGGAGGCGGAUGAACUCAAGGUUCGUCACAAUAUCGUCGCUCCCACGCAACCAACGGGCACUAACCUUUUGCAGGGGCAUGGAGAGCAUUUCAUCACGGUAUCCCACGCUCAAGCCUGGGCCCUGAUCGCCGCCGAUGAGGCCAGGAGAAUGCUUUUCACCCGGGCAGCAUUGAGCUCCGCUCGAUGCGUUCGAAUCGUCGGCAUGAUGGGCCUCCACCGGCUCGACAGCACAGCCGCCGACGAAGAACACCCCAUCGCUCCCAUGAUCCCCCCUCCCAAAGGCUGGGUCGAACUGGAAGAACGCCGACGUCUAUUCUGGGGCGCCUUCUGCAUCGACAGCUACGCCGGCAUCAGCACCGGCUGGCCAACCCUCAUCGACACCAACCAAGUCACCACCCACCUCCCCGCCUCCGAGGACGCCUUCGCCAAAGGCCAAGAGGAAAAGUCCACCUCCCUCCAGUCCCUCUUCAACGGCUUCAACUACUCCACCUACGGCGGCAACGUCGUCAUCUGCCACAUCUUCAACCAAAUCAUGAAGCACGCCCACUGCCCCAUGCCCUCCGACCGCCCCGACGAUUUAGAGUCCGGCCCCUUCUGGCAACGCCACCGCGAACUCGACACCUUGCUAUCCAGCGCCUUCAUGUUCCUCCCCGACCGCCUCCGCCUCCCAAAGAACAUCACCGACCCGGUCGCAAUCCAAACAAACAUGAACCUCCACGCCGCCGUCAUCUGCCUCCACAACACCGCCUACGAAAAAGCAGACAAGCUCCCCUCCUUACCUGCGUCCGUCAAACAAGACAGCCGCACCCGCUCCCUCAUGGCAGCAGGCGAAAUAGUAAACAUCCUCAAGCUAAGCCACAACAUGAAGACGGGGUAUAAAUCCCCGCUAAUGGCCCUCUCGUUGUACUGCGCGGCGUCGCUGUACGUCUCCGUCGCCGCCGCCAAAGACACCACCACCCCCACCAACCCCCCGUCACCAUCCUUCCUCUCCUCGGUCAACACCAACCUUGAGACUCUCCUCAAAUCGAUGGAGGCGAUUUCAAAGCUGCAUUACAUCACGAGGGCGUAUCUAAAUCAGAUACUCCUUGACAUCGACCGCUCGGGGGUAUCUCUGUCAUUUCCACUUUCGGAGAAUUUUAACAAGGAAUCUCACCCGUGUGAGCACGGGAUUCCAAUCGUGGCUCGCACUUCGGGACACAGACAGACGAGGCUGCCAGUUCCGUUUUCUACAUCGGGGGGGCAGCAGCAGAGGGUGAUGGUUCCGGGGGUGUUUGCUGAUAGAAACUUUGGUGGUGGGAACAUCCACCCCGGCGCGGGGAUAUCCUCUGGUUUGUCCUCCAUGGUGAGCGGGAUGGUGGCUGGGUGUGGACUGCAGGUUUUGACGGAGGAUGGGGUGAGGAAACAACCGGAACAACAGCAGGGGCAGUUUGUGGAUGCUUUUCACCCUUGUGAUAACCCGCCCUAUGCUAGAGGGCAGACGAACACCGCUAGGGCCGCCACGGGGGAGAGGGUGAUGAUGUUUGGGUUUCGGGGUGGGAGGGAGGAAAUGGUAGGGCUGCAGGAGUUGCCUUUUAGGUUGGGGAUGCAGACUGGGCUUGUGGGGGCGGGGGCUGGGUUGGGGUUUGAGAUGGGGAUGGCUGGAGGAGGGACGGGGAAGGAGAAGGAUGGGGAUGUACUACUGCAUUUUCCGCCGGGGAAUGUGGGGGGUGUUUCGGGGGAGGGAAAUCACGGCCAAGGUGGUGGUGGUAAAGGGAAAGAAGAUGGGAAUGCGAUGGAUAUUUUUGAUGAGUUUCAAGAUUUGGGAGAGGGGACGGGUGGCGGGGGAGAUGGUGAUUGGGGCAUGUUGGAUCCUACCGACACUUUUUACUCACUGUUGUAUAAUGAUGGGGCCAACACUGACAAUAAUGGGGGAGGAGAUAAUAAUUGUGGGAAUAUGUGGUCGGUGAAUGAUUUUACUGGGAUGUGGGGUGGUCCUCGAUAG